AUGCCAGUUCUCUGCUAUCUAUUCGUUCACAAACCAAAUACCAUUAAAUAUGUGUUUAAGUACGAAGAAGUGAACAAAGAGGUCGAUGUCCUCGAGAAUGAGUUGAGACAACAGUUGAAAUCCAAUGAAGUAUUACUAUUGACUUUGAAGAAUAUAAGGCAACAGAUAAUCAAAACUGGAAAAGACAUAAAACAUAUUUUGGCCGAAAACCCGAGCGCUUUAUCACUCGAUCCGAAGCUAACUAUUAAUAAAGAUCCCGUCAUUUGUGUCCUAUUGUUUGCCUGUAAUAGAGUUACUGUUAAACGAAAUUUGGAUCAAUUACUCAAAUAUCGUCCGAAUCCACGAAACUUUCCCAUCGUUGUCACUCAAGACUGCGGUCACGAACCCACUCGUCGAGUCAUUCAGUCAUAUGGCGAUCAAAUUACACUCAUUAGACAACCAGAUCUGUCAGACAUUCCUCUCACUGGAAAGUCCAAGAAAUUUAAGGGAUAUUACAAAAUAUCGCGUCAUUACGGAUGGGCUCUCAACCAGACGUUUCAUGCCCUCAAUUAUGACACAGUCCUCAUCGUCGAAGACGACUUAGACAUUGCGCCCGACUUUUUUGAAUACUUCAGAGCUCUCUAUCCAUUACUCAAAACAGAUCCCACUCUCUAUUGUAUCAGCGCUUGGAAUGACAACGGAAAGGAAGGCCUCGUCUCCAACGAAGCCGACCUUUUAUAUAGAUCUGAUUUCUUUCCCGGACUCGGAUGGAUGUUAACCAAAGAUGUGUGGAUUGAGUUCCAGAACACAUGGCCUAAAGCCUUUUGGGACGAUUGGAUCCGAGAGCCGUCACAACGGAAAGGCAGGGCUUGUAUUAGGCCUGAGAUGUCUCGGACUCGAACUUUUGGCAAAAUAGGGGUUUCCAAUGGUCUCUUCUAUGAAAAGCAUUUGAAAUAUAUUAAACUCAAUGAACAGUCGGUGCCUUUCACUCAAGUUAAUAUAACAUAUUUAUUAAAAGAGAACUAUGACGUGGAUUGGGUUAAGAAAGUGUAUGGAAGUCCUUCUGUAACUCUCCAGCAAUUACAAGGAUCUGAUAUUCCGAGUGAAGGUUCGGUUCGCAUCACUUACAGUACAAAAGAUGGUUAUAAAAAGACAGCCAAAGCGCUCGGUUUGAUGGAUGACUUCAAGUCAGGAGUGCCGAGGACUGGGUAUCGAGGAGUGGUCACAUUCAUGCAUAAGGGGAGGCGUAUAUAUUUGGCGCCUCCGCCCUCUUGGAGAGAAUACGACAUCACUUGGAGAUGAUUUGGAUUACAGACUAGUGAUGGUGUGUCUCGAAGGCAGCAUUUGUUGAUUCUUAGAAGAUUUCAAUUGUUAAAUGUCACCACAUUUUAUGUGAUAUCAACACAAACUGAAUGGUCGUCUCAAUGGACGAGACGAUCGCUACUACUAUUACUUCUGGGGUUUUGGAGUCGACAUAAAUUAGCAAAACUCCAGAUUUCUAUUACUCAAAACGUUUACAAACAAUCAAACAAUUGUUUUUUAAGUGCAAUCCAUCUGUCAUUUAUGUUGUUUUACACAAUUUUUAAAACAUUCAUUUGAUUAGAAGCCAUUCAUUACAACUUUUAUUUAAUAACUAAUUUAAUAAUAUAACUUUUUAAUUCUCUUUACUGAGUAUUGUUUAAAUUUAGGUAAUUUUUAAAAUAUGAUUACAAUUUACUUUAAGUGUAAAACUCGCCUUAAAAUUAGGCUUUUUUUGAGCGCCAGACGAAAUCAAGUCUAGUCUACAACAAGUGAUACAAAACAAUAAAAAAAAACACAUCCAAUCCUUUUGUUAUUUAAGUAUCACUUAUUUGUAAUGCAUUUUAUGUUUGAGAUUUGUCUGCACUUUAUUUGUUAUUAUUUUAUUAAUACAUAAGAUGUUCUAUAAUUAGUAUAUUUUUUUAAUUUAUAUAAAAUUACAUUAAAACUCAUUGGCUCUCCA